AUGCCCCCCUACGGCUCUUGCGACGAGGCGAAUGGCACAAAGAAGUUGAAAUUUCUUCAGCCAACCCCUACAGACGGCUACUCGGCUCUUCAGAAUGGAUCAGCGUUUCCGCAGCACAAGCAGCACAGUCAGUACAACAUGAUAAAAGAGAUUACUCUGGCUCCUUAUAAAUACAUCGAAAGGCUUCCGUCAAAAGGAGUAAGGAACAUUCUCAUUGAUGCGUUGAACAUAUGGUUUAAAGUCCCGGAAACUUCCUCCGACAUAAUUAGGGAGGUAACCACUCUUCUGCACAGCUCAUCUCUGAUGUUCGAUGAUAUCGAAGAUGGUUCAGCCCUUCGCCGAGGAAAGCCAACAGCGCACAAGAUCUUUGGCGUAGCGCAAACCAUUAACUCUUCGACAUACGUUCUCAUGUCGUCAAUCGCGAAGGCCAGACUUCUCUCUAACAACGUCUGCAUAGAUAUUCUCAUCGAUGGUGUGCGCCUUAUGCUCGAAGGCCAGGCAGCCGACCUCCACUCUACAUACUUGGCAGAGUGCCCGCAAGAGCACGAAUAUCUACAAAUGGUGGACCGCAAGACUGGAGGCCUGUUUCGAAUCAUCUACCAACUCAUGCGUGCAGAGUCACUGGAGCCGGAGUUACCUUGUCUCGAUACCGCCAUGAUCCUUUGGGGAAGGUACUUCCAGAUACGCGACGACUUCAUGAACCUGACGUCAGAAGAAUACACCGGACAGAAAGGCUUCUGCGAAGACCUUGACGAGGGAAAAUUCUCCUUCCCAUUGAUCCACUGCCUAGGCGGAACAGGUCAUCUGGCCCCGGACACACCUCGUGCAAUAGAGAUGAAAAGUAUCUUGGCCUCGCGAAGCCACCUGUACGGCGGCGGUAUACCAUCCGAGAUCAAGUGUCACAUGCUAGAUAUCAUGGGCUCUGCUGGGAGUCUAGACUUCACCAAACUUGCAUUGGAGCGGCUUGAGAGGGACCUUCGGGCCGAGACUGAACUGUUGGAGAGGGUGGCUGGAUGCAACCCAAUCCUUAGGGGUCUGAUUGACAAGAUGAAGAUCUAG